AUGGAAGCGUUUGUAUCUCCAGUUAGCGCGGUGUUUCACACAGUCCCUCCCGAAGAAGCAGCGCAGCAGUCCGGGGAUCCUUUCAGCGGUCCGUUAGAUUCAGUCGCUCCCUGGAACUACACCUUCCUGUCAUGCUUAAUGUUUGUAGUGACUUCUCUCUCCGUGGCUGAAAACUCUACCGUCAUGAUCGUUACCUACAAGUUUAAACAGCUCAGACAACCGCUGAACUACAUUAUAGUGAACUUAUCGGUGGCGGACUUCUUCCUCUCGCUGAUCGGAGGCAGCAUCAGUUUCUUGACGAAUGCGCGGGGCUACUUUUUCCUCGGCAGGUGGGCGUGUGUGCUGGAGGGCUUCAGUGUCACUUUCCUCGGGAUUGUGGCACUCUGGUCUUUGGCAAUCCUGGCUUUCGAGCGGUUCUUUGUGAUCUGUCGUCCACUGAAAGAUGUCCGUUUAGGAGGCAAACAUGCAGCACUGGGUCUUCUGUUCGUCUGGACAUUCUCCUUUAUCUGCACUAUUCCUCCAGUGUUCGGCUGGAACAGCUACACGGUCAGCAAGAUCGGCACCACCUGUGAACCAAACUGGUACUCGACAGACUACAAGGACCACAUCUACAUCAUCACCUUCUUUGUCACCUGCUUUAUUUUUCCUCUUGGAGUUAUCAUCAUCUCUUAUGGUAAACUCAUGCAGAAACUGCGAAAGGUAUCAAACGCUCAUGGGAAACUAGGUAAUGCUCGGAAGCCAGACAGAGCAGUGGCACGGAUGGUCAUUGUAAUGAUAAUUGCUUAUAUGGUUGGCUGGACUCCUUAUGCUGCUUUCUCCAUCAUCGUCACAGCCUGUCCAACCAUUAAUAUUGACCCUCGUCUUGCCGCAGCACCAGCCUUUUUUGCCAAGACUGCAGCUGUAUACAAUCCGGUCAUUUACGUAUUCAUGAACAAACAGUUCCGGAAGUGUCUGAUUCAGAUGUUUAAAGGCAAUAGCAGCAUCAUGAGUUCAUCCCAUCUAAACCCGACAUCAGACAGGGGGGCCAUCUUGAACACAGGAGAAAGUCACUUGGGAGAGAUGUCAUCCAUUGCAGCCCGUGUACCCAUGUCCAUGUACAAUGUGGAAAAGACUGAUGAUGAGGAUGAAGAGCAAAACCUGAAUGAGAAUGAAGGCUCCAAGGAACUUCCUUUGUCUGACUGUAGAGUGUGUUCUCUAUAG